AUGCCGGUAGUAACCGGCAACGGUGAUGGUCAUGAAGACCACGCUGCUGUGGACGUUGAGGCUGUGGCAGUUGAACCGUCGGGUGACACUGCAGAGGUCAUUGCCGAUCAAUCUCCUAUGCAAGUGGCCUCAGAAGUGGACUUUAAGCCGUCACAAGGCAAUGAUGAACGCUUUGUUGACAUAUACAUGGACGCAGAGGACGAUACACAUCGCAUGGGAGCUGACCUAGAGACUGGCUUUUCUGAUGCCGAUCCGAAUCACAAGCCUAUCAAAAUAUCUGAACUGCCAUCAACGGAACCACCCAGUGAUGCGCCGCCGUCCAAGGUAGAGCUGAGCUACGAUAUGCGUCGUAUGCUCUUCGGGUUUGCGCUAUGUUGCUUGAGUACUUUCGUGAGCCAUGUAUUGAGAAUGCCCUUGUCUUCCACUAAAGUGAACCUACAACGCAGCAUGGAUCUCUCUACACGCGAUUUGACGCAUCUAGAUGCGUCAUAUGCUAUUUGUCACGUACUAGGACAAAUGAGUACCCCUGCGUUAUCUUCAAAGAGUAAUAGUGUUGUUUUGGUUGCGCUUUACCAAUUCUCCAUGGGAUUUGCUAUGAUGUUGUUGUUCGCACCUAGCCAACUAUACUAUUUCAUUUUGGUAUACGGCUUCACGGGAUUUAUGACGGCACCUACCUGGUCGGUUUUGUUUUCACACCUUUCGGAGUGGCUACCAAAAGAGUACAGUUUGCCAUUGAUCACCGUGUGGUUUACGGGUGCUGAUCUAGGUUCUAUAGCUGGCAUCAUGAUUUGCAUCUAUGCAGAGGCAACUUGGGGAUGGCGCAGCACUUAUGUGGUGAGCGGCCUACUGAACAUAGCAGUGGCUAUUAUGUUAUUCUCCCUCUAUGACAAUUGCAAAGACCCGAUGUCAGACGGUCGCUUAGUUGACCCGCCCGCUAUAAUUCGUGCCAACAUUACAACUAUGUCGAAAUAUGUACGUCAAAUCGGCCAGCCCCGAUACAUGGAAACAUUUAUUGAGAGUAAGGAACAACCGCCUGUAACACCGCCGGAUUCCCAUAGGAAUUUCAUUUUAUCUGGUAUCAGCAAUGUAAAUCAACAGGCCAGGGUAAAAGACAGUCGCGCCUCGUAUGUAUUCUAUUCACUUUGUAGUCGUAUUUCUACGUUAUUUGGGAAGGUUCGGCGAAUGACCAUUGACUAUGUAUCAGUACUCUAUCGUGUUAGUUAUAUGGGUCGGAUUGCUUUAUCGUCCUUUGUUUUGAAACUUGUAAAGCAUUGUUUUUGUUCAUGGGUGAACUUUUACGUCUCUACUAUGUAUGGCUUCACACCCGCCCAGGGUAACUAUUUGACCCUAACGCUUAGCGUGGGCUGUUGCGUUGGCAAUAUCUUAGUUGCCCUGGUCUGUCGUAUACUUUGGAAAGAUCGUCCACUAACGGCAUGCAUGUAUUUCUACGGAUUGAGUGCCAUCGCGGUGUUCUUGUUUUCUCUAAUGGACUUCAGCUGGUUGCUACUUUCCUACUUUUGUUGCUGCCUCUGCGGUAUCGUCACUACCGCUGCGGAGGCCAUUCUGAUGGCUCGUGGUAUCAAGUCGCUCUGUGAGCGUUCCAAAUUGACACAACGGGAGUCUCUGACAGUAUACGGAUUCAUUCUUGCUGCAUCCACUCUUGGCUCGGUUUGCCAAGGUUUCCUCGUGGCGUCUAUAGUAGAUUGGUACGGCUGGAGCGCGCUACUAGGCCUAUUCGUGGCCGCGUUGAUGUGUGCCACCGCACUGCUUCACAAACCGUCUCAGACUGAAAAAUAA